UACAAAGUUCUUAACUUUUUAGUGACCCUUUUCAAUAACACAGCUUAUAAAUCAUGGAGAGUUGUAGUAUGAGCUAUUCUGGAAACAUGGAGGAUGAAUAUGAGAAGUUUAUUCGACGAAUGAAUCCGCCUAGAGUUGUAAUCGAUAACGAAUCCUGUAAAAAUGCAACCAUUAUACAGGUUGAUAGUGCUAACAAACAUGGAAUACUUUUGGAAGUUGUACAAGUUCUUACUGAUCUUAAUUUUAUCGUCACGAAAGCUUACAUUAGUUCUGAUGGAGGAUGGUUUAUGGAUGUUUUCAAUGUCACUAAUCAAGAAGGGAACAAAAUUACUGAUGAAGAAGUUUUGGAUUACAUUCAAAAGGCUCUUGGCUCGGAAACUAGCUUCACGACAUCAAUGGAUUCGAUUGGGGUGACAUCCUCAACAGACCAUACAGUAAUCGAGUUAAUAGGAAGUGAUAGACCAGGACUAUUAUCUGAACUAUGUGCAGUCCUUACACACUUAAAGUGUAACGUGUUAAACGGUGAGGUGUGGACCCACAACACACGAGCUGCUUCCGUGUUGCAAGUGACGGAUGAGGAGACGGGGUUGGCUAUUAUGGACCCAGAGAAACUUUCUACUAUAAAGAAAAUGCUUUGCAAUGUACUUAGAGGUAGUAACAAAGGUAAUGAAGCUAAAAUCGUGGUCUCUUGUGGCGUGACCCACACCGAGAGACGGCUGCACCAAAUGAUGUUUGCUGAUAGAGACUAUGAGAGAUUAAAUGAGGGGUGUAGUGAGAAACAAAGGCCAGAUGUAAAGGUUGUUAAUUGGUAUGAUAAGGAUUAUUCAGUGGUCACAAUAAGGUGUAAAGAUAGGCCAAAACUUUUGUUUGAUAUUAUUUGCACAUUAACUGAUAUGGAAUAUGUUGUGUUUCAUGGAAAUGUUGACGCCGACGGGCAACAGGCUUAUCAGGAAUAUUGUAUUAGACAUACGGAUGGUUUCCCUGUGAAUUCAGACGCAGAGAGACAAAGAGUGAUUCAAUGCCUUGAAGCUGCCAUUGAAAGAAGAGUUUCCGAGGGAUUAAAGCUAGAACUAUGCACAAAAGACAGAGUUGGGCUGUUAUCUGAUGUCACUCGUAUUUUCCGAGAGAAUAGCCUCACUGUCACAAGAGCUGAGGUGGCUACACGGGCAGGAAAAGCCAUGAACACAUUCUAUGUUCGUGAUGCUUCAGGGUACCCCAUCGAUCCCAAGAUCAUUGAUUCUAUCAGGAAAGAAAUCGGGCAAACAAUACUAAAAGUCAAAGGCAACCCGCGUGACAUAAGCCAAAGUCCUCAAGAAUCUCCCAAUAGGUUCCUUUUCCGUGGCCUUUUCAAGACCAAAUCUUUUUGCAAUUUCGGGAUUGUUCGAUCAUACUCUUGAAUUCGUGAUGUACUCCUAGGCUUUUGGUAAAACUUGUAAAUACUAUUUGUAAAUAUGAAAAUCUUAGUUUUUAGUCACUUCAUUGUAAUUCAACUUGUUUAUCGUGGCAAUUUGUGUGAAUGGAGGGUUUGUUCUUGAUUCUA